CCUCCCUUCAGGAAGUUUGGGGCUGAGAUCCAAAAAGAACUGGGUGCAAGCCUCCAGGCACCCUGAGGGGAGUGGGCUGAGGGCUGGCCCAAGUUCCCUCCUCCCCCUCUGCAGAGCCUAGGAUGCCCCUCCGCCGCAGCAGCUCCUGAGCUCAUGGAGCCCUCAGCCACCCCAGGGGCCCAGAUGGGGGUCCCCACUGGCAGCAGGGAGCCAUCCCCUGUGCCUCCAGACUAUGAAGACGAGUUUCUCCGCUAUCUGUGGCGUGAUUAUCUGUACCCAAAACAGUACGAGUGGGUCCUCAUCGCAGCCUAUGUGGCUGUGUUCCUCGUGGCCCUGGUGGGCAACACGCUGGUCUGCCUGGCCGUGUGGCGGAACCACCACAUGAGGACGGUCACCAACUACUUCAUCGUCAACCUGUCCCUUGCUGACGUUCUGGUGACUGCCAUCUGCCUGCCAGUCAGCCUGCUGGUGGACAUCACUGAGUCCUGGCUGUUCGGCCAUGCCCUCUGCAAGGUCAUCCCCUAUCUACAGGCCGUGUCCGUGUCAGUGGCAGUGCUGACUCUCAGCUUCAUCGCCCUGGACCGCUGGUAUGCCAUCUGCCACCCACUAUUGUUCAAGAGCACAGCCCGGCGGGCCCGUGGCUCCAUCCUGGGCAUCUGGGCUGUGUCGCUGACUGUCAUGGUGCCCCAGGCUGCAGUCAUGGAAUGCAGCAGUGUGCUGCCUGAGCUAGCCAACCGCACACGGCUCUUCUCGGUCUGUGAUGAACGCUGGGCAGAUGACCUAUAUCCCAAGAUCUACCACAGUUGCUUCUUCAUUGUCACCUACCUGGCCCCACUGGGCCUCAUGGCCAUGGCCUAUUUCCAGAUAUUCCGCAAGCUCUGGGGCCGCCAGAUUCCUGGCACCACCUCAGCACUGGUGCGAAACUGGAAGCGCCCCUCAGACCAGCUGGGGGACCUGGAGCAGGGCCUGAGUGGACAGCCCCAGCCCCGGGCCCGCGCCUUCCUGGCUGAAGUGAAGCAGAUGCGUGCGCGGAGGAAGACAGCCAAGAUGCUGAUGGUGGUGCUGCUGGUCUUUGCCCUCUGCUACCUGCCCAUCAGUGUCCUCAAUGUCCUUAAGAGGGUGUUCGGGAUGUUCCGCCAAGCCAGUGACCGCGAAGCUGUCUACGCCUGCUUCACCUUCUCCCACUGGCUGGUAUACGCCAACAGUGCUGCCAACCCCAUCAUCUACAACUUCCUCAGUGGCAAAUUCCGGGAGCAGUUUAAGGCUGCCUUCUCCUGCUGCCUGCCUGGCCCGGGUCCCUGCGGCUCUCUGAAGGCCCCUAGUCCCCGCUCCUCUGCCAGCCACAAGUCCUUGUCCUUGCAGAGCCGAUGCUCCGUCUCCAAACUCUCUGAGCAUGUGGUGCUCACCAGCGUCACCACAGUGCUGCCCUGAGCGAGGGCUGCCCUGGAGGCUCCAGCUCGGGGGAUCUGCCCCUACCCCUCAUGGAAAGACAGCUGGAUGUGGUGAAAGGCUGGGGCUUCAGUCCUGGGUUUCUGCCUGUGUGACUCUGGAUAAGUCACUUGCCUUCUCUGAGCUUGUGUCCCCUAAGCAGGGUUGAUGUGAGGAUUAAGCAUGCUGAAGCAAGUGGAAAGCUCCCUGUAAA